UUUCAUGUACAUAUUCAAUCCAGGCCGUUUUCUGCUCAGAAGCGCGGGCAAUUGCCCAACAGCGCUAAAGCGCCACUACGCUAAAAUUCCAGACAAUAUCAGAAAUGUUGUUUCCACUUUUCGUACUAAACAAGGACCUGUCAGCCUCAAGUCCUUAAUAGAGAACAAAAAAGUCAUCUUUGUUGGCGUUCCGGGUGCAUUCACUCCGGUGUGUACUAACCAAGUCUCCGAGUAUGCUGAAAAGCUGGGAGAAUUCAAGAAAAGGGGAAUUGAAUCAAUUUAUGUGGUUUCUGUCAAUGACCAUCACGUGAUGGAUGCAUGGAGAGAAAUGCUGAAAAUUGGCGAGGAAAUUACGUUUUUGGCAGACCACUCUGGCGAAUUCACCCGAGCAAUCAACCAAGAAAUUGACCUCUCCGCGGGAGGGUUGGGAAAGAGGUCUCAGCGCUAUUCCUUGGUCGUUGACGACGGAAGGGUGGUUCGUGAACACAUUGAGGUGUCUCCAGGGAAUAUCGAUGUCUCAAAUGCCAGCUUCGUAUUAGAAAAUUUAUGAAGCACUUCGCACUAACGCGGAACCCUUCUGGUUUCCUACUAUAACGGGUCAUUUAAGAACUUAACUGACAACGGCGACGAACUCUUCUAAUGGGUUCCUAAUAAUUUUUUUGCUAGGGAAUAGUGCAUGCAUUUCUUCCCGCGUUUAUUAUGCAUGAAGGUUUUUAUGUACGCAAUUGCAAAAAAAUAAUAGGGGGCUUCAUAAUGCGCGUUCUG